UGAUGGAGGAGUUGGCUGUUUCUGAAGCGGCGAAGCCAGGCGGCCGAAGCGGCCCUGGCAGAGGUCGGACUCCUCGUGGCCGUUUAGCCAAUCAGAUCCCCCCUGAGAUCCUGAACAACCCCCAGCUGCAAGCAGCCAUCCAGGUACUGCCUUCUAACUACAACUUUGAGAUCCCCAAGACCAUCUGGAGGAUCCAGCAGGCCCAGGCCAAGAAGGUGGCUUUGCAAAUGCCUGAAGGCCUCCUCCUCUUCGCCUGCACGAUUGUGGAUAUCUUGGAAAGGUUCACAGAGGCUGAAGUGAUGGUGAUGGGUGAUGUGACCUAUGGGGCUUGCUGUGUGGAUGACUUUACAGCAAGAGCCCUGGGAGCGGACUUCCUGGUACACUACGGCCACAGCUGCCUGGUUCCCAUGGACACUUCAGCUCAAGACUUACGAGUGCUGUACGUGUUUGUGGACAUCCGAAUAGACACCACGCACCUUCUGGACUCUAUCCGCCUCACCUUUCCCCCUGCCAGUGGCCUUGCCCUGGUCAGCACCAUUCAGUUUGUGUCAACCUUGCAGGCAGCUGCCCAGGAACUGAAAGCUGAGUACCGGGUGACUGUUCCACAGUGCAAACCCCUGUCUCCUGGGGAGAUUCUGGGAUGCACAUCCCCUCGACUGCCUGAAGAGGUGGAGGCUGUUGUUUAUCUUGGAGAUGGGCGUUUCCACCUGGAGUCUAUCAUGAUUGCCAACCCCAAUGUCUCUGCUUAUCGGUAUGACCCAUACAGCAAAGUUUUAUCCAGAGAACACUAUGACCACCAGCGCAUGCAGGCCACUCGCCAAGAAGCCAUAGCUACUGCCCGCUCAGCUAAAUCCUGGGGCCUCAUCCUGGGCACGUUGGGACGCCAAGGAAGUCCAAAGAUCUUAGAGCACCUGGAAUCUCGGCUCCAAGCGUUGGGACUUCCCUUCCUGCGGCUGCUGCUCUCAGAGAUCUUCCCCAGCAAGCUUAGUCUGCUUCCUGAGGUGGAUGUGUGGGUGCAGGUGGCAUGUCCACGCCUCUCCAUUGACUGGGGCACAGCCUUCCCCAAGCCACUGCUGACACCCUAUGAGGCGGCCGUGGCCCUGCGGGACAUUUCCUGGCAGCAGCCCUACCCCAUGGACUUCUACGCUGGCAGCUCCCUGGGGCCCUGGACUGUGAACUACCGGCAGGACCGGCCCCCCAAGACUCCCGACGGGACAGCAGGAGGGAAGGUGCAGACAGGGGCCUUGUGCGCCUCUCCAGCCGCGGGCUGUGAAAGUUGCAGCUGCAGAGACGAUCCAGGGGUGCAGCUCGCUCCCUGA